AUGCUGGCCACGUGCCACUUUGAAGCGAGAGAGACAAUUUACUUAGGAGACGAAGUUUGGUGCCGGAACCAUGGAAAUGGCCCUGUGUGGGUACAAGGCGAGGUUGAUGUGAGGUCAGAUCCCGUCACUUACAAAGUUCGGGUAGGUGAUAAAGCCCUGAACAAACACGUGGAUUACCUGAAAGCUAUUAGCUCACAAAUGGGGCAGAAGCAAAUUAUACCUGGCCUCUCAAAACAGCCAGAAGGCCUGUUGGAAACUGUAGGUGCUCUCCCUCCAUCUAGUGUUGAGCAAACCUCAGAGUCCAAAAUGGAUGCAGCCCUGAUACCAUUACUACUGGAAGAAGAGGAGGAAAUUGUCCCAAGAUGCUCUGGAUGCCAACAGAAUGUUGACAUUCUCAAGGAUCCUGAAACUGUAAAACAGCUUGGCAGUAUUCUGAAAACUAAUGUUCGAGCCUGCAAAGCAGUUGGUCACCCAUUUGUCAUCCAACUUGGUCGAAUAUAUCUGGAUAUGUUAAACGUAUACAAGUGCCUCAGUGAAAAUAUUUCAGCAGCAAUCCAAACAAAUGGUGAUAUGGUUACAAAACAGCCCCUGAUCAGAAGUAUGCGAACAGUAAAAAGAGAAACCCUGAAGCUUAUUUCCGGUUGGGUGAGCAGAUCCAAUGAUCCACAGAUGGUUGGUGAAAAUUUUGUUCCUCCAUUGCUGGAUGCAGUGCUUAUUGAUUACCAGAGGAAUGUGCCAGCUGCUAGAGAACCAGAAGUACUUAGCACAAUGGCAACCAUUGUGAAUAAACUGGGUGGACAUAUCACUUCUGAAAUUCCUCAGAUAUUUGAUGCUGUCUUCGAAUGCACUUUAAAUAUGAUUAACAAGGACUUUGAGGAAUAUCCUGAACAUAGAACAAAUUUCUUCUUACUUUUACAAGCUGUAAAUUCACAUUGUUUUCCAGCAUUCCUAGCCAUACCUCCAGCACAAUUUAAGCUAGUUUUAGAUUCCAUAAUAUGGGCUUUUAAGCACACCAUGAGAAAUGUUGCUGAUACAGGUCUGCAGAUCCUUUAUACUCUGCUACAAAAUGUUGCCCAAGAAGAGGCAGCUGCACAAAGUUUCUAUCAGACGUACUUUUGUGAUAUUCUUCAGCAUAUAUUUUCUGUUGUCACAGAUACAUCUCAUACUGCUGGUUUGACAAUGCAUGCAUCAAUACUUGCAUACAUGUUUAACCUGGUAGAGGAAGGAAAAAUAUCAGUGCCUCUUAACCCGACAAAUCCUGUCACUAAUCAUGUAUUCAUUCAGGAUUAUGUGGCCAAUCUACUGAAAUCUGCUUUUCCACAUCUACAAGAAGCACAAGUGAAACUUUUUGUAACGGGGCUUUUCAGUUUAAAUCAGGAUAUUGCAGCUUUUAAAGAGCAUCUGAGAGAUUUUCUUGUGCAGAUCAAGGUAAAGAAGAUUGAGACUAUUCAAAAAAUUUUGAGUUUUGUGAAAUUGUGUACCAAGAUAGUUAUAUGA